UCAUAUUUGCUUAUAUUUAUGCAACCAACCUAGCAUAGCAUUAUCAUACAUAAGUGUUGAGUGAGCUAAGAACCACUAACAAGAAGAGUUGGAAAUUCAUUAAAACAAUGGAUUUGGGAACUUCAUAUCAAUAUCCGGUUGCCCCGGGACCGGAAGCCGACGGCUAUGAGGUGCCUCAAGGGGUGGACGUAAGGGGUAGAUACGAUCACGAGUUUGCUAAAAUCCUAUCUAAAGAUGCGUUGCAAUUUGUUGCUGAAUUACAAAGGGAGUUUAAGAGCCAUGUUAAGUAUGCUAUGGAGUGUAGGAAGGAGGCUAAGGCUAAGUAUAAUAGUGGGGCGUUGCCGGGGUUCGAUCCCACCACUAAGAAGAUUAGGGAAGGGGAUUGGUGUUGUGCUGCACCACCGCCUGCGGUUGCUGAUCGGAGAGUCGAGAUUACUGGUCCGGUUGAGAGGAAGAUGAUCAUUAAUGCUCUUAAUUCUGGGGCUAAAGUAUUCAUGGCUGAUUUUGAAGAUGCAUUAUCACCAAGCUGGGAAAACUUAAUGAAAGGACAAGUGAACUUAAGAGAUGCUGUGAAUGGGACAAUUAGUUUCCAUGAAAAGGCUAGGAAUAAGGACUACAAACUAAAUGACCAAAUUGCAAAGCUCUUUGUCCGCCCUCGCGGUUGGCACCUGCCUGAAGCCCAUAUUCUUAUUGAUGGCGAGCCUGCCACCGGCUGCCUAGUGGAUUUUGGCCUCUACUUCUACCAUAACUUUGCCAACUUCAGGGAGAAACAGGGUGAUGGCUUUGGCCCUUUCUUCUAUCUCCCUAAGAUAGAACACUCAAGGGAAGCAAAGAUAUGGAACAAUGUGUUUGAGAAAGCAGAGAAGAUAGCAGGGAUAGAGAACGGAAGUAUUAGGGCCACGGUUCUCAUAGAGACACUUCCUGCAGUAUUCCAAAUGAAUGAGAUAUUGUAUGAGCUGAGAGACCACUCUGCAGGGCUCAACUGUGGGAGGUGGGAUUAUAUCUUCAGUUACAUCAAGACUUUCCAGUCUCACCCUGACCGCCUCGUGCCUGACCGUGUUCAGGUUGGGAUGUCCCAACAUUUCAUGAGAAGUUACUCUGAUCUUCUCAUCUACACUUGCCACAGGCGCGGUGUCCACGCCAUGGGAGGCAUGCUGUUUCUUUUUAUUGAACAGGCGGCGCAGAUUCCAAUAAGGGACAACCCACAGGCGAAUGAGAAGGCUAUGGAACUAGUAAAGAUGGACAAACUGAGAGAAGUAAAAGCAGGCCAUGAUGGUACAUGGGCUGCACAUCCAGGCCUAAUCCCACCAAUCUUAGAAGCCUUCAACCCCAACAUGGGUAAUGCACCUAACCAAAUCUGGUCCAUAACCCGGCCUGAAGCCUCUUCCAUAUCAGAGGAGGAUCUGUUGCAGCUACCCCGGGGAGUACGCACCAUGGAAGGGCUCCGUCUCAACACCCGUGUUGGAAUCCAAUACCUAGCAGCCUGGCUUACAGGAUCAGGUGCAGUUCCCCUAUACAACUUAAUGGAAGAUGCUGCUACUGCUGAGAUAAGCAGGGCUCAGAACUGGCAGUGGCUUAAGUUCAGGGCUGAGUUAGACGGCGAUGGGCUUGGGGUUAAGGUCACUCCAGAACUAUUUGCACGUGUGGUGGAGGAAGAAAUGGACAGGAUUCAGAAAGAGGUUGGAAGUGACAAGUUUAAGAGUGAAAACUAUAAGGAAGCUUGCACCAUCUUUACAAGACAGUGUACUGCUACUGAGUUGGAUGAUUUUCUGACUCUUGAUGCUUAUAACCACAUUGUUAUCCAACACCCAAAGCCCGGGAUGCCGAGGCUUUAAACGAUAGUUGAAGUACUACUAGCUGAUCUAUUGUUGCAUUACCAUCACUUAUGUUCUGCUGAUUCUGCGCUUAAUAAAACCUUAAGCUUAUGACUGGUUGCUUAUUGCUUAUUCAAA